AUGCGGCUAGACGGCAUCCUGAUGACCCAGGGUCGCCAGGAGCACAGGAGGCUGCCCGCCUUCAACAGGACCCUGACACUGCUCCAGCAAGUGAUCAAGUCCCCCAGUGCUCACUACAGAGCCCUGGCCUGGUGCUAUCUUGGGAUACUACUGGAACGGAAAGAAACAUUUUCCACCACCCCAAGAGGGAUCCAGGACUGUGGCUACUCUGAGACCGACCCCCUCGACUGCUUUGGCAAGGCAAUAGAAACAGCAAAAGACAACCCUCUUGUCCUGAACCGCCUGGCAAAAAUCUUCCACUUCCUGGGCAAGCAGGAGAUGGCCAAAGGGAUAUGCAACUUGGCACUGGAUGUCCUAGAGGAUCCAGAGCUCAACUGGCAGGCGUACUCCAUCCGGGCACAGAUCUACAUGAAGCUGUACCUGCAAGAUCUGGAGCGUGCCAAGAUGGGACUGGCCCCUGCAGCUGACAGGAGAAAGCUUACAUAUGCUAAAAAUGACCUCGAGAAGAUCCUCAAGGUUUGUCCGAGCCUGAGGACCAACCUGGACAUGGGCCAGGUUUACUAUUACAUGAGCGUGGAUGCCGUGCAAGAACUGUUCCUGGUGGAUGAAACCGCACUGAACAAUGCCUUGGCAUUCUUGGCCAAAGCCACGGAGUUUGACCUGGGCGAGACCAUACCUGAAUUACAGCUGUUCAGGGGCAAAUGCCUGUGGCUUAAGAAUGAGGAAACACAAGCCAUCGCGUGCUUCAAGCGGGCAAUCGAGCUGGACAAUGUGGGCUCCACUGAGAGCUUGCAGUGCCUGCUGGAGACACUGCUCAGGCUCUUCAGUCAGCGGAGGAUGAACAGGGACACGCUAAUGCAGGAGGUGGAGCUGUGGGUUAAGGCGGCCAAGGAGAAAUUCCCCCGGCAGCGUGUGCAGCAGGAGCUGAGGGCGGUCUACCGCAACCACCCGCUGGAGGUAAUGGAGCUCUCCAAAGCCAUGAUUGCCCGGGGCAGGACGGAGCUGGUGAAGCUGCUGUUGGAGACGAUGAAGACCAGUCCUACCAAGGCCAAGACACUGUCCCUCGGAGCAGCCGGGGACGGCAGCAGAACCGGCAAGGCGGGUGUCUCUCCCAGGAGCUGUCGGGACCCUUCUAGUUUUCUAAAACUGUAA